GACGCGGAGGGAGAGCUAGGAGGAGAUGGACUGGACCAUAUUUUUGGCUGUGAUGGGGGGAGAGAGGAGAACUAAAGGGAGAAAAGGGAAAUAAGGAAAGGAUGAACUUAGAUAUAUUGUUGGCUGUACGGCGGAGCGUGGUCUAGCGUUUGAAGUUUAAGGAAGGCUCGAGCCUACCCUCGACCUGGGACUGAUACUCCCACAGAGGUCCGUCCGGUGGUUUGGUACGGCCUGGCCCACCGGACCUGCCAGAGCUCAGUCGGCCGCAGCUCAGCUGGGCUCCCGGCGCCGCCUCCUCCCAGCCUGCGGUAGGCUGCCGGGCUUCUGUGGGUGGGGGAAGGCUGGACUGAUGCAGCAUGCCCAGUGCCAGUGGCUACCCUGUUGGACUGCGAAGAUAUAGAAUAUUUCCAUCAUUGAAGAACAUUCUGUUGGUCAUUGUUGGCCUGGAGAAACUCGAAGGUCCUGAUGCUGACACUACAUUGUGUGUGCCCUCCAAGAGUGGAGUCUCUGUUUCCCCCAGUCCUGUUGAAGUCCUGCAGUCAAAUCCCGGAGGGGCCACAAGAUCUUCAGUCAUCAGAGAGAUUUUCUGUGAUGACAACGGCAACACGACAAGAAGUUCUUGGCCUCUACCGCAGAAUUUUCAGGCUUGCGAGGAAAUGGCAGGCUGCAUCAGGGCAGAUGGAAGACACCAUUAAAGAAAAACAGUACAUACUAAAUGAAGCCAGAACACUGUUUCAGAAAAACAGAAAUCUUACAGACACAGACCUGAUUAAACAGUGUAUAGAUGAGUGCACAGCCAGGAUUGAAAUUGGACUGCAUUACCAGAUUCCUUAUCCAAGGCCAAUUCAUCUACCUCCUAUGGGCCUUACCCCACUACGAGGCCGGGGACUUCGAAGCCAGGAGAAAUUGAGGAAAUUUUCCAAACCAGUAUAUCUCAAGUCUCACGAUGAAGUUUCCUAACCCAGAAAAAAAAGUUUUUUUCUGAGAAUGAUGAGCGAACUAGGCCUUAAAUGUAAACCAGACAGCAAAGCUCUUCUUGAUUAGCAGCAAAAAUCCAAAUUUCUUCUUAAAACCUUCGAAAUACUGGUACUCACCCCAUGAUGUGUGCUCACACAUCACUACAGUUUGUCAGGAUCUUGCUGCCUGAGUGGACAACACUAACCCUAGAGGUCAUGGACCUUAAAUCCUCACUGAAGCAUCAUUUGGAAACAAGACUAAGGCCUGUGGGCAGAAGACUGAAGGGUGACAAAGCUCUUCAAGUGAAUGCCGAUCACCAGACAUGCCAGCUGAUAUGAAGAAAUUAGCCAGUUGCUGGAAGUUCUCAUGGCUACUAUAAAACUAUAUACCACCCCUCAGAAUAUUUUUAGGCUUUUUUUUUCAAGUUAUAGAUUUGCUUAAAAGUGGGCUUUUUGUGUGUGCUUUGUUGUCUUUUGACGCUUCCAAUUUCCACAUAAACUCCCCUUAAAAAGCGCAUCAUUGGAUCAAUCAUGGUUUUUCAUUGAAAUUUUAUGAGAUCCAUCUCUGCCCCAGACAUACACAUACACAAAAGUUCAUGUCUUAGGUAAAUGCAUAUGUUUAGUUUAUCUUAAAGCCUAUAAUUACUUUGGAUACACUUAGGAUCUGAAAGGCUCACUAGAAACUCAUACUGCAUUCAUUAUGAGAAUUUUACAUUAACAUAAUUAGGAAGUACAUGAGCUAAGCUGGCUUUCAAAUUAUAUCCAGACUGAAACGGGACAAGUAGAGAUCAAAACACAAAGGACUUAUACCCCUGCAUGUGUGGAUACAGGUGAGAUUCCCCUGCGUGUGUGGAUACAGGUGAGUUUCCCAUGGCAGUUCAUUUGUACGUCAGCGUCAUUCCCUCUUACCUCCAAAGGGGCUGGGUAAUCACCAAUAAAGAAAAAUCUCUAG